AUGGUCUGCUGCGGACGUAACAACGGCACCUGCGUGUGCGCUCAAGAGGCAAAGUGCUCCUGUGGAAAGCAGCCCGCUCUUCAGUGCACUUGCGAGAAGGCCGUCACUGAGAACAAGCUUCCCUCCGACUCUUCAGCAUGUGCCUGCGGAAAGCGAACUGAAGAUGCGUGCAACUGCGGUCGCGCCGACAACAACGGUACUUCCAACCUCGAGACCGACUUCACUACCCAGAAGUAA